AUGGCUGCAAAUUCAACUGAAAUUCUCCAUGAUUUUCCCCCAAUUAUCCGAAUAUACAAGGAUGGAAGAGUGGAAAGACUUACAGGCGAAGAUAUUGUUCCUGCAUCAGUAGAUUCAGAAACUGGGGUUCAAUCCAAAGACAUCCAGAUUUCACCAGAAUUUGAUAUAUCUGCUCGGCUCUACCUGCCAGGAACCACCAACCCUGGCCGCAAACUUCCACUUCUUGUUUAUUUUCACGGUGGCGCCUUCAUGGUGGAAUCACCCUUCUCUCCUUCGCACCAUAACCACAUGAAUUCACUCGUCGCUGAAGCCAAUGUUGUAGUGGUUUCCGUUGGUUACAGAUUAGCACCGGAGCACCCGCUUCCAAUUGCAUAUGAAGAUUCUUGGCUUGCACUUAAAUGGGUGGCCUCUCAAUCUACAGGUGAUGGGCAUGAGCCAUGGAUUCAAGAAAAUGCUGAUUUCGAUCGUGUUUAUUUAGGAGGAGACAGUGCUGGUGCCAAUAUAGCACACAACAUGGCCAUAAGAUUUGGUCUUGAUAAGUUGGGUGGGAUCAAUCUUGAUGGGAUUUUUCUAAUCUGUCCAUAUUUUUGGGGAAAAGAUCCAAUUGGGAAUGAAAACUCAGGCUCAGUAGUUCCCAAGAGUUAUGUGGAUAAUUUAUGGGUUUUUUCUUGUCCAAACACAACAGGAUUAGAUGACCCUUUGAUCAAUCCUUCCAUGGAUUUGAAUCUUUCGAAAUUGGGGUGCAAAAAAGUGCUUAUUUAUGUUGCAGAAUAUGAUCUUCUGAAAGAACGAGGUUAUUAUUACAAGGAAUCAUUGAUGAAUUGUGGGUGGGGUGGAGAUGUUGAUAUUGUGGAGGCUAAAGGGGAAAACCAUGUUUUUAGUGUGUUUUCCCCUAAUGGUGAGAACGGUAAGGCUAUGUUCAAAAGAAUCGCUCUUUUCAUGAAUAAGUAG